UAUAGGGCGGUGAUCACCUGGCCGCUAUCGCUACUCGGAGCCCGGCAGUUUGGGUAGCCUGCUCCGACCUUGCAUGGCUGAGAUCACCGCACGUUGCCCAGUGCUGCGGUCUAUGUCCCGUCAUUUCUGCCGUAUUGUCGUCCUUGCCUGUUAAAGUACAUCCUUAGUGUCCAUACAUCUUGUCAAACUGCAACCAGUUCGUCCCUCGGAUCCUCUGCCUUGCGUCAAACCUCUACUACUCGGACAACAAGGAUUAUAAUAGCCAAACGGCCCAGAUCUCCGAGAGGAGGCACCCAGCAUCAUGGGCUACUUCGUGGGCAUCACGAGCACGGCCUUUGUCGGCACCGACGAGAUGAGCGCCGUGACCUCGUACAUGCCAUGCCACAUCUUCGGAGACCAGAUGCUCAUUGGCACCGGCAUUCGGAUUGGAUUCUACCUGCUGUAUGCCGCCGCCAUCGUCGCGGUUCUGUUUGGCGUCGACAAGCAAUUCCGCUUCUGGCACGGCGCCUGGGGCAUCCUGGCCCUGUCACUCUUCCUGUCCAUGUUCCUCAACGUGGCCGACCACAGUCUGAUUAUCAUCGACUACGCCGUUUUGAUCCAGCUUGUGCUCUGGUAUCCCGUAUACUUUGUCUUUACCGUUCUGUUCCGGCAGGCUCUCGUGGUCGAGGCGAGGAGCAACUCCAUGCCGGACGCCGAGUACCAAGAACGCUUACAGCGGUGUCACCAGGAUGCAGUCUCGGAACUAGACGUGGUGCAGGCUCGUGCUUAUUGCAAUGUCCUCAAAGCCUUCGCUCUCUACGCAGCAGCGGAGGAGGCGGAGCGCGAGCAGGAUGCCGCCCAAGCAGCCAUAAACGAGGCCAUCCAGCACUACGUCUCUCAUUGGCACGAGCAAGUCGAGAUGCGGGACGGCCAACGAAACGAUAUCGACGGAGUAGCCAUUACGACUGUCUACAACACCGAGCUCAUCGAGGAGAUCGCGGCAGCCCCGACGCGCGCAGACAUCGACAAGCUCCGUGACCUUUAUGUCGCCGCCCUGGUCCACUCGCAACGAUCUGUCGCUGAAGCACGAGCCACUGAGCACGAAGUUGCGCUCAUUGCCUCCGAGGAACUGCGCAUCAGACGUCGCGCGAGAGCUCCAGGACAGUCCCUCCGCCAUUUCCUUCUCAGGACCAGCUACAAGGACCAACUGACGGUGGCUAUCGGCCUCCUGAUCUGGUCCGCCUGGAUGUUCGGCACCGCUGCCCUCAACUGGCCGCUGCUGCACCACGGUAACAAGGUCGGCGCUUGCGACAAUGUACCGACCGUCUACUUCUUGUUCGCUCCCAAGAAACCAUUUACUGACUCGGGAUUCACCACGUUCUUGCGCAUCUGGACUAUCGGAGUCUGCAUCGUGGCCGUCUUCACCACAGCAGCGGCCCUGUUCAUCCUCACCGUCAGCAUCUUCGGUCCAGCAUUCGUUGGCUUGAGCGCGCGGAGGCAAAGACAGGGCAAAAAGUCGGUCGAGGCCGGCCAAAGCGAUCACGUCCACGACCCGCGUUCCUCACGGGGGUAUUCUCGCAAAGCUCGCGGACGGCACACGCAAGAGAUCAUGGCUUGUCUCCAUCACAGCGACACGAGGUCAAUUCAGCAUCGGUACAGAAGCAGUACAACCGUUCCGGCUCGCUUCAGCGUGUGGAACAUUCCCUGGGCCGUUCUGCUGGCCGUGUUGCUGGUCGUCACCAUCGUCUGCUCGGAACUGACGGUCACGAGGCAAGGUCCAAACAACACUGUCCACCUCGACUUUGGUCGCCCCCCGCUUCAUGAGACGGCCGAGAUUCUGGCUUUUCUUAUUGGCCUGUACUCUCUUGCGUUGACUGUGCUGAGUGUGGUAGGUGCGUUUGUUGCAGCCUUUUCACGGAGAAGUCGCCGCAAGAACCGGGAUUCACCACAUCGUCACUCGACGCAGAAAGACACUGGGAAGUUGGAGGAGCCGGGUAUGGCAUAUUAGAAGGGAAUUUGGAACGGAAUACAGGGC